GUCGAGCCCGUCGACUCGUCGUUGUCGAAGUAGUUUGGCCGCGACCAGCGAAGUGAACAGAGUGAGUGAACGCUCUCCCAGUUUUUAUUUUUUUUGUAUAUAUUGACGUGACGUUUUUAUCAAGUCUAAUAUCAGUGACAUCUUCGGGUCGAGUCGUUUUAUGGACGUGUUUUACUACUGACAAGUCCAAUUUGAGCAAGAAUAUUGAAAGAACUCUGUUUUUCUUGUGAAAUAUCAGCGAGAAGUGUUCAUGUGGAGGUGGUAGUGUGAGGUAAGCCGGUGAUGAUUACGUGCCCAGGUGUGAUGUUGGCAACAAACUCCCCUCCACUGACUGAACCCCAAUAAUGCCAGAAGAAACAUUACCGAGAAGAAAAACGUGAAGAACAUAUACUUAAACAUUCUGUAUAUAGUAUAGAAAAAUAUCACAAAGAACCAUGAAGAGAUUGAGGUGUAUCAACUUGUGUUUGUGUGUAGCUGUUGGUGUCUUGGGAGCAGUUGCGAGGGCUGAUACGUUUGAGGACCCUUACAACUAUGACUACACCUAUGGUGAUUACAAGUAUGAAUAUAAUGUUGCCAUCCCUGCAGCCCCAUCACUACAUUCAGACAGUCACAUGGCUGAUCCAUCUCUAGAUGAACCAACAGGCAAGGAGAUACCAUUGUGUUGUCCUCAGAACACAGUUCACACAGUCUUCAACAACUGCUCAAACCCUCCUGAGAGCUGGACAUGGAAGCCAUUUUUGUCUGGAGAAACCUAUGCUCACUUUUAUUACAAGGGGUUUCCAAAGUGCAAGCUAAAUGAUCCAGUACCUUUUUAUCAAAAGGAAAUAUUUUUUAGUAAGUCUGGAGAAGCCUAUAUGCCACAUUACAUCCAGCUAGAUCCUGUUCCACAGUCAAAAUAUUGUGUUUCAAAGUUUUUUGAUAACAACAAUCCUGAGGAAUGUGAGGUUCAUCGGACAAAAGUAUAUGUUUGCCUGGAGAAGAAACAGCCAGAGGCAGGGCUAUACUGGACAGGUGUUGGUUUGGCUCACAUACUUCUCUUUUUGACACUUCUUGCCUUCUUCUUUGUCCGGGAUCUCAGGUCUUUACAGGGACAGUACAUGAUCUGCUUCUUGAUAUCUCUUCUGCUAUACAACAUCUGUCUCCUGCCUGGGUCAGUUCUCUCCUUGGAUAUCAGCUUUGUGUCUUGUGUAUCUUUAGGUGCUGUGAAGUACUUUUUCUUCUGUGGAGUCAUGCUGUGGUUCAAUGUAAUCUGCUUUGACAUUUGGAGAACAUUAAAGAACCGUCAGGAUGUUGGCUCCAGAAAACGCUUCCUUCUAUACUCUGUGUACACAUGGGUGGUUGGAGCUUUGCUAACAACUGUUGUGCUUGUCACACCUUAUGCAACUGGGAAGGAACAUGAUACAAGUCUCAUGGAAGACAAGCCUGGUGUUUGUAAAUUAAAAACGGAUAUAAACAUGAUACUGCAGUUAGUGGAGACAUUACUGAUGAUAGUUAAUUUCAUCUUCAUUGCAUUGGCAACUUCAAAUACCUGCAAAUAUCCAAAGUUUGGAAAUGGCCUCCCACGUUGUGAAGCUACUUUGAGUUUGAAACAAGGAUGGAAGCUGUUCAUCAUCAUGAUUGGCCACACAGUUAUUGAUGUUCCUGAUGAUAUACUAGAAAUACGCCUUGUUGAUUUGUGGCGAUAUGUGUUAAUUGAGUCAUUAGCCAUCUUCGCAGUGUUCGCAUAUAGAAAAACGGUGCUAAAGACAUUGAACCGUUGUUUCUGCCGGGCACCGUGUUACCACCCUGAUGAGGAAAUGUCAUCAGUACAGGAGAAAGAUCAACUCACAACGAUGCAUUAACCAUAGAGUUUAAAACUUAAAGGUUGUAGGUCAUCCAUGGUCCAGUCACCAAAUACAUUCUGCUACACCUGUAGUACUAGAGAUUAUUAAAUAGAUUAUAGAGAAGUAUUUUCUCUGAAGACUGCUUUUAUACAAGGGGAAAUGUCUUUCAUAUUUUCUUCAUAUGGUUCUGAUAGCUGAAAAAGUCAUUACAGUAGUCUAAUCACUAGUAAGCAUGGCACAUUAGGAAUCUGCCAUUUUUCAUACCCUCAUUGCUGCAAUCACAUACUGUACUGUAGGUUGCUGGUGUUUGUACAUGUUACACAUGAAGCAUAAAACAGAUUUGUAAUUUGCUUAACAGUUUCAGUUCCUAAAUAUUUAGCAUUUUAAAUAGUGCAUACACAACUGGAGAGAAAAUACUGUUAUGGAUUGGAUGGCAGUCAAAGCUCUUUCAUUCUGUAUUUUAUCUUGACAUUUAAACACUCAUAACUGGGUGAACUUUUUUGUAUUAAAUGGUUACUAUUGUGUUGCAAGAUGUCCAAGAUAUAUUUUGUUCUUAUCUUUAAGAACAAAAUGAAUGUGUACAUAUUUCAGAAUUUGUGAUGUGGGCAGUGAAGCUGUGUGUGAAGUGCAGUCUUUGGUAUAUUUGCCCUCAUCGGUGCUCACUUGUGCCAGAAUCUGUUGGCGGUACAGUAAGAUCCCUCAAGUUUGUAUACGAUACCUCAAGGAAUGACAGGUUGGCAAAUCUAAUAUUUUUUGUGAGCUGUUGAUUUUAUAGUGGAUUAAUGGGUACUGGGACUGAACCAAAAAUAUCAGGUAUGUACAGUCAUGGGCAGUAGUUGUGUGACAACACACUCCCUGUAUUUUAUAGUUCCAUUGCUGGUAUGAGGUAGAACCUCUCCUCCACUGUACUCAUCGACCAAUUUUAAGGGUAACUAGAGCACUGUAAAUACAUCGCUGCAUAUUGUUGAUUCCAUGGUCAUUGUCAGAGUGAAUAGGCGGAGAAGUGUUGCACAACUAUUUCUCUUAACCAUACAACACAUACUGUACAUAGAGCUCCAGGGACUUUAAACUCAAAUUAUGUAAUACAAAACACUAUGGAAUGACCAAGGGACCAGGAGUGCACAUAAAACAUAUGAUAGGUUAAAAUAGUCUAAUCUACAUUUGUUAUUUUUUCACCUAGUGGAUAUCCAUAUAGGGUAACUUUUGAUAAAAUUUGGCAAAAUCUUGCUUUAUCUCUGACAAUUUCUGCUUUUGGAGAAACAACGUAGUAUAUGAAACACUGAAAACAAGAAAAAGAUAACAAAAAUACCUUGAUAUACUUUUUCUCCCAAUUCCUUACCUCUGAAAGACACCAAGGCUAUAUACUAUAUAGCCUUGGUGUACUUUUCAUUCAAAUAUUCACUUUAAAGACACUAGCCUUGGUAACUUUCUGAAGUGAAUAUUUGAGAGAAAAAGUGUACCAAAGCUAUAGCCUUGAUGUCUUUGAGGUAAAAAUCGUCAAGAUUUGGAAGAAAAGCAUACUUUUCUCUCAAGUAUUCCCCUUUAAGACACUAGCCUUGGUAUCUUUCCGAGGUGAAUAUCAUUAAGAAUUGGGAGAAAAAGUAUACUGGUGACACCAUUCACCAGUAAACACCUUAUCAGUUAAUAUUCCAUCACACUGAAAAUAAAAAUGGCAUAAUUGUACUUCACAAAAACAUUUCUACAGUAUAUAUAUAUAUAUAUAUAUAUAUAUAUCAAAAUUAGAGAUAUGAAAUUGACCUAUAGAAAAAAAUUUGUUUCUCAAUUUUAUUGGAAAAAUGUGCACAGAAUGGAUCAUAUGUGUCAGUAAUUGAGAUAGGCCAUUAUAUGGUAUGUGAACUUGAGGGGUUUUACUGUAAGACAAUAAGAGGAAAUAAAAAAUAAAUAAAUCAUGAUAUCUUCUCACCAAGACAGAUGGGUCUUCCUCAGAUUUAAUUUUAAUGAUAAAUUGAGCUGUGGUCUGUCCUCAGCUGUAUAAAUUUGCAGAUGUUAGUUUAAUAACCAUAGAAAUUUUUUUGCAUUACUUCUUUAUCUUGUAUAUAAAGUAUAAUGGUUCUGCUGCUGCUCAUUAUUGUUUAGUUUUAAGUAUGAAUGAAUGCCUAAAAAAUGCUCAAGUUGUUUUUAGAUUAGAGCAGUGCUCUGAUAUGUAUGUGAACUCGAAAUAUACAUUUAUUCUAACUACAGCUUGUAUUUAGUCCAAGGAUGACUUUCUCUGAAUGGUUUAUCCUUUUAGUUUGGGCCUUUUUUUUAUGUUACACAAUGACAGUGUUAUUUCUGUACAUAUUAAUUUUUUAUGAAAACAGCAUUGUUUUAGUUUUUAUUUUCUUUGAUUUUAAACACCAAAUGUUUAAAAUGGAUAAAAACAUUUUAAUUGUGCACGAUGCAUAUUCACUUUGGUGCACACAUGUAAGUCAAGAUGGCUUCUCGGCUUUCUGAGUCUUUAUGUAUUGAUAAUUAUCCUUAGGUAUGUGUUAGUGGAUUCAAGGAUAAUGGGAUGAAAUCUAUUUAUAUUACUGAUGCCUUGCUGCCUUCAAGGUUUCAAAAACUGCCAGAGGUAAAUAGAAUUUCCUAAACAUAUCCACCAUAUCCUCAACAGAAAUAAUAAGGAAACAACUAAAGAUCAUAUAUGUUAAGUCAGAUGAGGUGACUCAAGUAUAGUUAGAAAGUCUAUAGAUUAAAUACCCAAUGUUUUUAGAACAUGAAGGGAUAUGGGAGGCAAAGGUUACCAUUUACAGGUUAAUGCUAGGUGUCUUUGCCAUUAUACUUAGUGUACUUCUUGAGCCUCAUAUGAUAGCUACACCAGCAUUUCACAGUUCAGUCCCCUAGUUCCCACUGACCUCAUCAACACCCAUAAGGAGAAGGGGGAGAAUCUGAGUUACCUGAUCUAGACUGCUUUAAAAUUGUAUGACUGGAUCAAUUUGUCAUUUAGGUUGAUGUCCGACUUGAGUCAAGUAUCUCAAGCCUGCUGGAGAUGGAAGGCACGAAGAGCUUGAAGUAAUGGUGCAAAAUUUACCCUGUUGAUGAAUUUCUCCUAAAGAAAGGUAAAAUGGGGAAAUAUACCUUCAGCUCCACAUGGUCAAGCAGUCCAAGUAUCGGCUAAAAAAAUACAGCCCUCAGAAAAGCCAGUGAAAACACACACCCCUUGAGGCCAUGCUUCCAUGGGAUAUAAGGCUAAAUUUGCUUAAUUUUCCAAACCCUGAAAUCCCGGAAGCUCCAGGCUCAGCUCCAGUAAAAUACCUAUACUAUACAUGGAACCCAUAAGGACAUGAGCAAGAAAAUUAUACUUAAUCUUUUUUAUGACUAAAAGUCAGAAAUCUACAGAACACUUUAUGGAAAAAGCUAAAUCAUGGUAGGAAGCAACUAGCAUAAAAUCCUCAAAUAAGAAAGUGAGAAAGAAAGAAAGAUAAGCUGAUCCUAAUCUGUUCUAGAACCCUGAAAACACAUCUGCUCCUGUAUAAUCCUCUUUAGGAACAGAAUAUAUGUAAAACUAGGAGUUGGCAAGUUCCAGCUCCCAAAAGAAUAACUCGAAGGAAGAUCCCUGAUUUUUCUUAGCUCAGUGGACAAGUGUAGUUAGUACCCAAGGCCUCCCAAGAUGCCAAGAGUAUGGUGAAUAUAUUCACCCUCUGAAUCUUAUUCAUUCUAAAUGUAACUUCAAAUAAUUGUCAAACGAAAGUAUGGAUCAAUUCACUAUUAUAUACCAAUGUAACAUAACCUUGAUGAAGUUCCUCUCGGUCUGUAUCUGAAAGAGGAGGAAGAACCAUCCUUGAGAGCCCUUACAAACCUUUCAAGGCAGCCAGAAUCCUACCAUGAGACAGGUUGCCAUGUGCAUGAAGUCUAGCCUGUCUGGCCUGCCCCAUCUCUACUUACCCUCUUCCUCCUCCUGGAGUUUAGCUCCAUUUAGAAUAAUGUAACUGGAAGGUACCUGGUAAAUACUAAAUCAACCUAAUAUAUUAUCUUUACUGAGAAAGAACCUUGGGACUUUUAAUUACACAUUAAAUUAAUACAUGUUAGGGUGUCAUCCCUAAACAAAGAAAAUGGGACUACCCACCUUGCUCAUAAUGAUACAACCAGACUCCUGACUUAUGCAACUAGUCAGAGAUACAGGAGGAAUGUAGGAGCCAGAUUCCAACUGAAUUUCUCCCUUGAUCUGGCAAAAAGAAUUUUGGGAACCCUCGCUCCAGAACCAUAACUACUUUUGGAAAAAACUUCUUUUACUCUCAUAAACAGUGUCACCGUGCGAGGAUGGAUUGCCAAGGUCUCAUAUUUACUUACUGACCAAGGAGAAUCAAAGAUAAUCAAGUAAGUAAAUUCCCAACAAAACAAAACAUGAAAAGCAAAUAUCAACUACUGCUAAGUCACCAUAUAUCCUAAGUCAACCAGGAUGCCCAAAUCUCCUGAGCCCAUUUCAUAAAGGGCUCCAGUUACCUAAACCUGAAGCAAACUCUUGCAGGGAACCCUCAAAAUCCCUGAGCCAGGUCAAAGAAAAGGCCAAGGCAAAGAUCCCUUAAUAAAAACAAAACUACAGUAAUCUUAAAGCAGCCUAAUCACUAAAGUCAAAUCUAUUAAAAAAAGACUACCAUAAGGGGCAUUAAUGAUUGGUGACGAGUUUAAAUCACCCUCCCACAGCCAGAUUGUAUGCAAGCCCACCAAGUUUGUUCAUUUGGGGGGAAAAAUAAGUCAGAGGCCAUCCAAUUCAGGCAACAAGGGGGUAAAAAAUAUACAGUGCAGUAUUAUAAGCACAGACUAAUUUACUGGUAAAUUUAUGUUGCUUUACCUGUGGUGAUGGCCUUUGUAGUAAGCCCAUAGUGGAGUUUAGGACACUUAAGGUGUUGGGGUAGCUCAGAUGGAAACCAGUGAUGAAUAACUAGAGUGCAUCUUGUUGAAUGAUCCAAUCCAGAUUGUGCUGGCUGAUGAUCCCCAAGAUGGUUCAAUCCUAAAAGAGAAAACAGAAAAAAAAACAUGAAGAGGAUACUAUGGUAUAUAAAGAAAAGCCUAACUCCUAAGAUGGGAUAAACUUCCCCCCCCCAACUCCUUUUGAAGGAAAUUUAUCCUGAAAUUCCAUUCUAAAUAACAACAGUACAGUACAUACUUAAUGCCAUAGGCCAGACAUCAACAUAAGAAUUGAAACAAUCGCAUGGUAGGCUGCAUUACACGAGUUUAGACUGUGCUGCAGUAUGAUUAACUUGCCCAGAGUUGGGUGACUACAGUCAUGAACUGACCAAAUUUACAUUUAAUUUUCAACAUAAACAGCCAUGUAAAGCUGUCUGCUUAAGCUCCUCUGUUGUAUACAAUUGAAAGAUGAAAACCCAUGAAAUGAUAGUUUGUAGCCAAAUCAUAUGAGGGAUGUUAGGGACAAGUGUGUUAAGCACACUUUCACCUCCCAGACCCAUUUCAAGUUCACCUUAUUUUCAAAUUUGUCCCAGUCAACAAUGUUGGGGUUCUUGGAACACUGGGUUUAAACCUGUUCACUCACUAUUUAUACUCCACAAUUUUUUGUAUAAAUAUCUUCACAAAUUUUAAGGUUAUUUUAGCAACAACAUGAUUUCAUUCUUGCCUUGGAAUUGCUUAAUUGACAACACACUGAUUUAGCUUUAAGUUCAGUCACUAAUUUAUUUUUUGUAGAGAAAUUCCUUCUAAUAAUUUGGUAUCCUAUUCAAUUUGAAUGGAGAAUUUAGAGCUGUCUGCAAGCACCCUUCACAUAAUAUUUGUUUGUCAUAUAUUUUGUCCAUAACCCGUCAGACAUCACUACAAGCUAGAGAAAGUAUGCAUUCCAUAGAUUUGUAACUUUUUAAAUAUAAUAUUCUUAGUUUUAACUUUUACAUGAAGAACAUGUUGAUGUUCUAUGCAGAUGUCCAUGUUGACCAGUUUAUUCUAAACCUGUAUUUUUAAAUGCAUUUACUGGAUCUUAUGGUAUUUAUCCAAGUUCUGUGUUCAUUGUAUAAUUUAUACUGUAGUAAUUAAUCUGUAAAUACAGUAUCUGUACAACUUUAACAACCUGUUCUUAUUCAUAAAUGAUAAGCAGUGACACACACAUUAGUAUAUAUUUGUGGGAAUUAAUUGGAAUUAAUGUAUCAUUCAAAGGCAGAAAUGAUAGUCUAACUUCUCAUUUAGUCAACACAUAACCAAGUCCUGAAUACCCAACUUGAAAGCUCAAAACCUAAUCUUUAAUAAAUCAGUCAAACUUUAUACUAAAGUUAACAUAUUAAAACAAUAUGAAUUACUGUAUUGUUUUAUUAUUUUAAUCUUAUAGUUGGUCUGAUUUACAAAGUUGACAUUCACUUUACUUAAGAUCUUCCAAAUAUUUUCCUUAUGGUAUUCUGAAUAUUGAUUAGGCUAUCAGAUAAAUGAAACGGUUUCUACCGAGAUAUUACGAAUCUAAAAUUAAUUAAAGAAGACACAAUAAGUAUGCACACGGUUUCUAAUUGGUUACAAUGAGAAUUUUUAAUUUUGGUAAUUAGAAAAAAUUGACUUUAAAACUGAACAGAAAAGAAUAAAAAGUAAAAUGUGAAGGAUAGUGAUGUGUACAGUACUGUACUGACUCACUAGGUUGGUUGUGGCUGCACAGAAACUCAAUUAGAGUAUAGUACUUCAGGAACCACGAAGGUUAAUUAAUGUACUAUGCAAAGAUAUUAUAGAAUCUGAUUAUGACAAUGUUCACUGAGCUAUGAGGAGUGAUGUACAGUAUCUUUUAAGAGAGUGGUCCCCAACCUUUUAUAGGCCCUGUACACAACAGACUGGAGACAAACAGCAGUUCCUCUCCCUCUCUCUCUCUUACUAAAGUCGUAUCAAGUUAUUACUUACAUUCAUUAUUUUCACUGACAAAGAAUCCCAUAUAUUUUACAAAUUUCUACCAAACCCUUGUGGGCUCCAUAAUAUGGUUCUGCGGCACCAUACAGAUUGGAGACCACUGCUGUUAGAGGACAGUUUUGAUAGUAAUCUAAUCACACAUUACAUAACUGUCACACAGCCAACAUGUGCCAAGGAAACUGUGUCAUCAGGGUACUGUACUGUGAUUUAUUAACUAUGUAAUAUGUUAGUGUGCCAUACAUGCGUAUAUGUAUACAGUAUAUGAGUGCUUGCUUUAAUACUAGAGCUAAUGAUUAUUAAAUGGUACUAAAAAUGUUCCUUAUGCAUUAAUUGGUUUUAUAUUAAUAAAAAAUUUGUUUUUAUCUGUUUACCGGUAUUGCAAUUAUUUUAUUGCUAUCAAUUACAAGACAAAAUAAUUUUUAGAACUGCAUUAACGUAAUGUAGUCAUUAUUUACAUGAAAUUUAAGUAAUUUUAUAUUAAAUCAAGUAUUUUUUUUUUAAUGUUCAGGUUAUGUCACAUUGUAAUUGUACAGUUACAGUACAGUAAAGUACUGUAUACAGUACAGUACUUAAUUUUGUAGCCUUUAAAUUUGAAUAUCUAACGUUCAUUAUGUAGAUAGAUUCUCCUAUUAGUAGCAUGUAAUAUAAUUUUUAUUGAUUUUGUUUAUUAUACCGUGAAUGUCUUAAGCUAUUAGAAGAACUUAUGUUACCGAGGGAAUAGUGUUUAAACUGCCUCGCCGAUAUCUGUAUACUCGAGUUUGGUUGUUAUAACAUUCAAAUUAAUGUUACCUGUGCUACAGUAUUUCAAUAUCAAAAUUAUAUGAGUCAGCAAAUUAAGUAAUCAAUACACUGGUAUACUUGUAACAUGAAUAUUGAGUAAAAAGUAUUAUUGGGUAGAUUUGCAUUUGUAUCAGACAAUCUUUUGUGCAGUGUAUUAUACAUAACCAAAGAAAUGCAUGAAAAGUUUGCUUGUGGUUGCUGUUUAUUGAUAACUGUCAGCCUUGAUUGGAUUCUCAUUUGCAUGUUACUCUUUCAUCCUCUCAUGUACAAUAUGUUCACUUUUAUUCUUGGGUGGUCAUACCGGGACAAUAUGUUUAUUUUACUUUUAUACUACUGUUUGAUGAUACUUCAAUGGAUUUAAUAACUAACAUUCACAUAUAUGAUACAAACGACUAUAUAAAAAAAGGUGGGGGAGGGUUGAUGUAUUGUUCUUGAUGCUACAGUUGUCCAAAAAUUUCACCAGCUUAGAAUCUUGUAUUCUCAACAGGAAUAACACAUUUACCUACAGUAGAGUGUACAACUGUUCUGCAGCAUCUGAUCUGAUGUCUUUGAGUACAUCAUACAAAUUCAGAUGUGAAUUGACAUCAACAUGUAUUUUUUAGCAACAAAGUUCAUGCGUCAUUCUUUGCAUGGGGUAAGAACGUGUUUUUCUUUUAUUUUCUUUUUUAAGAAAUGUAUGUAAAAUUUGCAGACCACAUUUUUAAUAAAAGAAAAAUUCCUUGUAUGA